CCUCAGCCCUGUCUCUUGUGUUGAUGCUCUUUACAUAUAAAGAGUAGAAACUUCAGACGAGAAUUUUAAGGCUACAAAUGAAUUUAAAGAUAUCUUGUUGAGAGGUCCGGACACCAUUGUUUGGAUAUAAACUUCAGUUUGAUCUGGUCUGGAGUGAUAAUUGAAGACAAGAUCUAACAGGACUCUGGAGUCACCAGCCACACCACCACGACUUCUAAAACCAGGAACUGAGACAAACACACAUUCCUACAGAGAGAAAUUCCAUCUUGUGCUAAUUCAUAUUCAGAACACUGCUUAAAACUAGCAAGACAAGGAUAAGCUAGACUGAGUAACCUGCACUGCAAAGUGGGGGAAUUUGUGAUGUUUGAUGUUAACACCAUUAUUCACUAUUCAUUUAAAAGACAGUAAAUGAACACAGUCACUAACCUAUGACUGACACUAGUUGUUUAGCAUAUUUAGGCUAAUUAACUCGUCAUGCUUUACUAAAAGAUCAAAUUGCCAGUUUUUUGUGAUCUGAAAUUUAACACCAGACUGCACUUAACUAACAAGCCAAACGAAAACCUUAUAUUUGCUGUAAAAUUAACAAUUAGCCUAGCAGGCCGAGUAAGCCAAGAUGGCUGACCCCUACCAAAAUAACAUGUACCAGCAAGGAGGGGGUGACCGCUAUGGGACUUAUGGAGAAGGUGUUGGCCAUGAUGGAUACGGUUACCGGGAAGACUACCCUCCUCAAGAAGAGGACGCAGCGAGCGACGUGACCGAAGGACACGAUGAAGAGGAUCAGAUGUACGAAGGAGAAUAUCAAGGGAUACCACAUCCUGACGAGGUGAAGGCUGCACAGAGAGCUGCACGGACUAAAGCUCGAUCAGCCGGCAGUGCGGUCUCUGAACUACAAGAGUUAUCUGAACAAUAUGAAGACAUCAUGGAGGACUGUGGCCACGGGAAGUUCCAGUGGACACUGUUUGUGGUGCUGGGCCUGGCUCUGAUGGCUGAUGGAGUUGAAUGUUUUGUGGUUGCGUUUGUUCUACCAUCUGCAGAAAAGGAUCUGUGUCUCUCCAAUGCAGAGAAAGGAAUGUUGGGUCUGAUGGUCUUCCUGAGCAUGAUGUUGGGAGCAUUCCUGUGGGGCGGUCUGGCAGACAAACUUGGCCGGCGGCGCUGUCUCAUUGUGGCAUUAGCAAUAAACUGUGUCUUUGCCUUCUUGUCUUCGUUCGCCCAGGGCUAUGGAUUUUUCCUCUUCUUCAGGCUGCUGUCUGGCAUUGGUAUUGGUGGCACGGUGCCAAUUGUGUACUCAUACUUCUCCGAGUUUCUUCAGAUGGACAAGCGAGGAGAGCAUCUGUCCUGGUUGUGUAUGUUCUGGAUGAUCGGUGGGAUCUACGCUUCGUUCACUGCCUGGGGAAUCAUACCCAGAUACGGCUGGGGGUUCAGUAUGGGCACAGAGUUCCAGUUCCACAGCUGGAGGGUGUUUGUCCUGGUUGCGGCUCUUCCUGCUAUCGCCUCUCUGGUUGGACUCACCUUCAUGCCUGAGAGUCCUCGCUUUCUCCUGGAGAAUGCAAAGCAUGAUGAGGCGUGGAUGAUCCUGAAGCAGGUCCAUGACACUAACUGGAGGGCCAAGGGACAGCCAGAAAAGGUCUUUACUGUGACUCACAUCAAGGCUCCUAAGACAGCAGAGGAUGAGUUUAUUGAGAUUCAGAGUGCUACAGGAACAGCUGUACAACGAUGGGCUGUACGCUCACUAACACUCUGUAAACUGGUGUUGAGGAAUGUAGCAUCACUCCUGUCUGCAGAACUGAGGUUCGCUACACUCUUCAUGGCCAUCAUCUGGUUCUGCAUGGCUUUCAGUUACUAUGGUCUGUCUGUUUGGUUCCCUGACAUGAUCAAACACCUUCAGUAUGAGGAAUACGAGUCCAAGGUCAAGGUGUUCCAUAGAGAACGAGUGGAGAACUUCCAUUUUAAUUUUUCUUUAGAGAACCAGAUUCAUAAAGAAGGGGAAUACAUCAAUGACAAGUUCAUCAGUAUAGAGAUGAAGUCAGUGAAGUUUGAGAACUCACUGUUUGAAGACUGUCGCUUUGAAGACAUCAAGUCCACAGACACUGUGUUUGAGAACUGCACCAUCCGUUCCACUGUCUUCUAUAACACAGACCUGUGGGAGGAGAAUUUCAUUAAUUGCAGGAUGGAGAACACCACCUUUGAGCACAAUAAACAUGGCUGCCAUCUGGACACUGUUGAGGAGAAUGAUGUCCUCAUUUACCUGGUCAGCUUCCUUGGCAGUCUGGCUGUGUUGCCAGGCAACAUCAUCUCUGCUCUCUUCAUGGAGAAGAUUGGCAGGGUCAAGAUUAUAGGUGGCUCCAUGCUCAUCUCAGCGGGCUGUACCUUCUUCCUGUUUUUGAGCUUCAGCCAGGCAGCGAUCAUUGCCUUGCAGUGUCUGUUCUGUGGCGUCAGUGUAGCUGCAUGGAACGGCAUCGAGGUGGUGACCGUAGAGCUGUACCCUACUUCUAAAAGGGCCACAGCAUUUGGCGUGCUGAACGCUCUGUGUAAGCUGGCAGCGGUGCUUGGCAGCUCCAUCUUCGCCAGCUUCGUGGGUAUCACCAAAGCCAUCCCUAUCCUGCUGUCCUUUACUGCAUUAGUGUGUGGUGGCCUGGUGGCACUUAAACUGCCUGACACACGAGAGAAAAUCCUCCAGUGAGGUGAUGUGAGAUCUGGAGGUGGGAGCCAUAAGGGGAGGGAGAGGCCAAAACAUACAAUAUGUGCUUAAUGUUGGAAGCUUUUUGAAUUGAUUUUGACUUCACUCUGCAUUUUAAAGAAAGCAAGAAUGGAAACAGCUUAAAUGUAAAAUGCCAAGCUCUAAUUUUUUAAGCAAAGUCUUUUCAUUUUGUACAGGUUUGUGGCAGGUAGAGGGGUUCAGGUAUACACAACUGUCAGUGUUCAACUGGAAACUGAGAAUUUGUUUUCUGUUAAAGAAAGUGUUGUUCUUUAAUGAUGAAUGACUUUACUAAGGUACACUGGAUUUACUAACCUCAUGUUUAUGAUGUGAGUGAAGAAUAUUAUUUUUGUGUCUAACUUAAGGCGUAAAUCAGAUGAUCUAACUGGCUGUCAUAUCCUCUGCUUCUUGUUUUGUUGGUUUUGUUGGUCCAGUGGUUCCAUGCAUGAUAGGGACUGAUUCAGAUCCUGGCCAAAUGUUCUCUGUGACACUUUUUUAGGCUUGAUGUAGCAAAGGAAGACAAAACAGGACAAAAAAAGAAUCAUACUGAUAUCUGGAUUUCAGAAAUCUCUAUUUUGCAUAUUUCAGGGCUGUACACAGUUAAAAAUGUGCGGAUAUCAAUAGAGCGCAAAAAAUGCAAACACUGUGUUGGACUCCUCAUUGCAGAAUGAGGCGUGCAUACUGGCUCAUCAUAUAUGUAGGUCACUCUUACAGGUGCACCUGGUCAGGAAAGGACAAGAAUUUCCAGAUAGAAGCUCACACACUUUUCAAUCAAUUCCUUAAUAGGGGAUAUCCAAAUGAAGUCUUGGAUCAGGCAUUUGUUAAGGCCUAUGUUAGAAACAGAAAUUAAUUACUGACCAAAAGUAAAUCUCAAAAGUCCAAAACCUUCUCUUGUGUAUUCAACACUACCUGUUCACCACUUGGGCGUGACAUAUGCAGUGUUAUGAGAAAACACUGGAAUAUUCUAUCUAGGGUAGUCUAUCAACGUGGUUAAGGAAAUCUGCACUUAAUUGAAAAAGCCCUGUUUGAGAUGAUUUGAGCUUUGUGACAAUGCGAGUUAUCCUGGUGGAGGUAGCCUUUAAAAGAUGGGUACACUGUGGUCAUAAAGGGACGGACACAGUCAGCAGCAAUACUCAGGUAGGCUGUGGCGUUUAAACUAUGCUCAAUUGGUACUAAGAGGCCCAAAGUGUGCCGAGAAAAUAUCCCCCACACCAUUACACCACCACCACCAGCCUGAACCGUUCAUACAAGGCAGGAUGGAUCCAUGCUUACAUGUUGAUUACACCAAAUUCUGACCCUACGAUCUGAAUGUCGCAGCAGAAAUUGAGACUCAUCUGCACCCUAGAGAUGGUUGUGCAUGAAAAUCCCAAUACAUCAACAGUUUCCAAAAUACUCAGACCAGCUCAUAUGGCACCAACAACCAUGCCACGCUCAAAGUCACUUAAAUCACCUUUCUUUUGAACUUCAGCAGUUUGUCUUGACCAUGUCUCCAUGCCUAAAUGCUUUGAGUUGCUGCCACGUGAUUGGCUGAUUAGCUAUUUGCGUUGACAAGCAGCUGAACAGAUGUACCUAAUAGAGUGGCUGAUGAGUGUAUGCAUGUAUGUAUACCAGCAGUGCUUGCUAUUGGACUUGUAAUUAUGUAGCCUGUUGGUAAUUGUCUUAGUUAGUGCUUAAUGAAUCUGCCGAUGACUGAGCAGGUGCAUCUGUACAAGUGACCUACAUAUAUGAUAAACCAGUAUUCAUGCCUCAUUCUGCACUGAGGAAAGUCCAACAUGGACUGAAACGUUUGCACUUUUUGUACUUUAUGCACCUUUUUAACUGUCAGUACAGCCCCUCAACAUGCAACAUAUAGAUUUUUGAAAUCCAGGCUUCAGUCUGAGUCUUUCUUUGUUCUGUGUGCAAGUCUUCAUUUGCUACAUUGUGACAUUUCUCUGACUUCCACACCAGAAAAGAAGACUAACAUAGGACAGUUUAUUAGGGUGCGUCUCAACUCAUGCCUACCACCAUUUUAAGCUUGAUGGCAAUUAAAGCAAAUAACCCUAACUCUGGUGUGUUGAAAUUGUGAAAGAAGCUUGUUGCAGUUUGGAGUCCACAGAGGUUAAAGUUCCCCUCUACUUUGUACAUCAAUUAUACUUGAAAACAUUGUUCCUGCAGUGUCAUUAACAGACGUGGUGAACUAAUAACUCCAUUCAGCUCGCCCAACUGUCAGUUGUCAACAAUUGACUUGUACUGUUACCGAUGUCUUCUAGUUCUGGCUGGCUAGUUCUGUGAUCACUUGUACAAAAUCCACUUAAAAUUAUGAAGUUUAAUUUUAACGACUGAUAUAUUUUGAGAAUUAUUUGGUCAAUUUGGAAUUUCAUAUUUCAAGUCAAACUGAAACUUGAAUCCUCAUUUUAUUUGGUGAUAUAAACUAAUCAUACUGCAGAUAUUGUGAACACUUUUCCAUUUUUCAAAAGAGGAUAAAACCUUUUUUGUACAUGUUUGCAGCAACAGUAUAAGCUUCAAGCCUCUGGGUAGCUGUAAAUUAUUUUUCUCUCUUUUUCAAGUUCAUAUGACGUUGGUUAUGUACCAUUAACAAUUUAAGGCAUUCAACAUUUGGGAGCAUCCAUUGUGUUAUUGAGUUUACUGUUUAUUCAUCUCAGAAAGUAGAAGUUGGAGCAAGUGCUCCUGUAACACCCUCAUCAUUACAAGACCCAUGAUUCAGAUCAUGUCACAGAGUAAUGUAAGGAGUGCUAACAACAUCCGCCCCUGAGCUAGCUGACCGUUGGAUCUGAAGUGACAUUACAAACUACUUUUAGUGUCCAAUAUUGAACCAAUCAAAUUACAGUGCAGACAUUGUCUGAAUGCAAAUGGGUGGAAAAUACAUAUCAUGAUAUAUGUACAAAUUUCUUAGUGAACAUGAUUGAGAUUGUAAAUAAAUUUUGUGAAACUGAAGAUGUUUUUCUGCAACUGCCAACCUCAGUGUGAACUGAAGUUCAGUUAAUUGGUUGAUAGCUUUUGCCGUACCAUUUAGCUUGCAGUUUUUAACAUCCUAUAGCAUCAAACUAAUAGAGGGGCAUAAUAGCAAUGAAUACUGCAGUGGUGUUACUUGAAGUGAAACUAUUUAUUUGUGUAUUGAAGUCCAACAGUUCCACUGUGUGCUGUGUUCUGCAUGUGUCCGAUCACCUCCCCUCUGGUCUUCAGUCUGCUAUCAGUACAGAGUCAGUUGGCUUUACUUACACAGACAACAUAUUUCUGUUAACAAGAGUUUACAUUUACUUUUCUGUGUCUGACCUGGAGUUAUGGAUGUACGUAUUUUCUAGAACCAAUGACAGCAAUGUAAACGAGCCCCUGUUAGAUAACGUUUGGCCUGUUGAGUGAACUAAUGUUGCUAAUGUAAAGACUAAUGUAUUUCUUAUCCUUCUUAAAUUAACUUAUUUUCACCUUCAGUCUCAGUUUCCUUUCAUGCUUGUUGGGCCUACACUUUUAUUGGCACUAUUGCACCAUCUUGUGGAAGAAAUUGAAAAUCACAGUUUAUUUGCGCUUCAUUUGUGCAUUAACAGUGGCCAAGAUCCUGCUGUGGAACCACACACUUCCCUAUGUAAAAUAAAUAAAAUGAUGAAAAUGCCUGGGAAUUGAAAAUGAGGGUAACUGCCAUUUAUCAUGCAGGGGGAGGACACAAAAUUACCUGAUGGAAGAAAAAUGAAGGCGAUUUGAAACCAAGUGCUAGAUGAUAAGGUCAAAAGAGAUGAAUCAGGUGAAACAUAUUUGUCUUUCACCUGGUGCAUUACAAAGAAAGAUAAAAGGUACUUUUUUUUCCCAGUACUGCAACCUCUUUUAGCGAUAAAAUAUGAAAAUCUGUGUCAAGUGUAGACAAACACUGGAGAAAAUACUAAUCUAGCUCAGUCCAAAUGCAAAUGGUUUAGAUUGCCACCUCAGAACAACACCUGUUUUUGAAGGAGAACUCACAUCAAACUAAAAAUGAUAGCAUUUACUAUAUGCCCUCAAAAAUGCAAACACAGCCAUGAAUUUCUCUUCUCUUCUCUUCUCUUCUCUUCUCUUCUCUUCUCUUCUCUUCUCUUCUCUUCUCUCCUCUCCUCUCCUCUCCUCUCCUCUCCUCUCCUCUCCUCUCCUCAGUUGUUCUAGUCAGUUGUCUAUAACAAAAUUAAUGCUUAUUCUACAUUAACUAUUAACUUAUUUUCUUUGACAUUUUUGUCAUAUGCAGGUAUACAAAAAUGAUUUUUGGUUGAUGUUUAUGUUGUCUUAUGUCAAGUCUCUAUUUGAUCAUGUGAUGAGAUGACACAAUCUGAUAGCUAGGUAAGGCCCAAAAUCCGUCAAGCCUGACAAGCUGAGCACAUCUGCAAGCCCAGCAAGCAGUCAUGCCUUUUAAACACUGAUGCAGCGGUAAGACAGGACAAAGAAGAAAAGCACAGGAAGAAAAAGUGGCAAAGCUCCCUCAAUUAAAUUCCUGUGGUUUAUUAUAGACAGUUGCCAGUGGUGUGUGUGUGCACCGUAUAACUAGUGACUAGCGUGUAUUAGGGACCAUCACAAUAGCAUGCAUUGGGGCCCGUUGUAACCAGCUUACGCCACUGGCCAGAGUGUUUGUUCCUCCUUAGCAGAAAGAUAAUGAUGAUGAUAAUGAUGAUUGACAGACAGUUCCAUUCACAGUCAUUUCCAUCACUUGAGCUUUAAUCAGUUGUGACAUAUAGUUUCAACAUUCAUGGCCCUGCUUUUCUUUUUUUCUUUUUUUUUUGUUACUUCCACUUCUUAGGCUUUGCCCUCUCUCUCUCUAUCAUCACUCUCUAAAGCAACUCUACAGAAACCAGCGUGGCUACAGUACCAGUGUGUGGAGGAUGGAUGUGUUAUUCUACUUUUCCUGUACAGUUUCAUGUUGACUAUGUAUUUAUUACAGAAGGUUUUGUGCUGCAGUUGUGUAAAUGAUUGCAUGUUUGUCUAACGUUUAUUCUUUGCUCUGUUUCAAUGUGUCUUCAAGUUUAAAAUGGUCUGGCUCUGGAUUGUGUUAUCACAAAAAUAAAGAAACAGCUGCAGCACUUUGACACAGAUAGAAAUGAUCACUGGCUGGAUUUGCGCUCUGGGCUCGUAACACAGAUAUAUAUUAUGUCAACAGUAAGAAGCAACUGCUUGUCUGUCUGUAAUGUCUUCCAAAGAGACUCUUUUUGUUUUGGACUGAGGAUAGUCUGUUACUGACUAGAUGUGGAUCUGAGACAGAUCCUACCAUCCACCUUCCUCUGCUGUUCUUUGCUUCGCCCGUGGCGUGAUCUUGAGGCUGAAAUGUUUACUGUGUCUCCAUGUAGGAUGAGAAACCACUUUGAUGGACUGUUGCUUUGUCCGGCACUAUCACUUUAUUUUUAAGAGAUACACACUCACUAGCUGUUUCAGUGACAUUUCCUUCAUCAGUGAAGAAAAAAAAUAUUUUGGUUCAGUGUGUGCAGCACAUUCUCAUUCCCAGAACAUCAAAUACCAGCGUUCUGUCACGCCCCUUGGUGUGUGAUAUCGACACCAAAGGCAUGCUUUAGCAUCUCAAUAAGACUAAUCCCGACUAAGCCAUCUGCAACAGUGGGAGACGCUGAGAGCAACUGAUGCAAUUUCAAUGUUGUUUUGCCUAUUGACGUCUUGUUACGUAUAAAAAACACACGUAGGGGAGACUGGGGACGGUUGCAACAGUUACUCAGUUACACUUGGACUAUGUGGACUACACCAACCAAAUUUUUAUAUAUAAACUUACAUCUGUCUGCUAAUUACCCAUACCAUUUAAAAUGAAUACAUAUGACAUAUUGUUCACAAUAUUUAUUUGAAUGGAAGAAGUCAGAUGUUGCAACUGACCUCACCCUAUCAGCCGUGACAGAACAUCAUGUGCUGGCUAGACACAUUAACCUUGAUGCAUGCUAACCAUAUCAUAUAGAAGCCAACAAAACAAUGAUUCAAACAAAUUAAGUUUUGAUUUAUUUAUAAACAGUAUAACAAAAAUACUGCUCCUGAAAAAAAUUAAUUUCAUAUCCCCAAAACAUUUUUUUGCAAUAAAUGCAUCAGCAGAUGUUGAAUGUGUCGUCUAACUGAGCACCUGCAAUAUGAGUGUCAUCACUCUUGCAUGUGUCUGAUUGACGAAAUAAGAGCUGUUGUAACCGUCCCCACUGUUACCUACCUAUUUUAACACAAAACAUAACCUUUUUCCUAAUCCUAACUUAGUGGUCUUGUUGCCUAAACCUAACUGCAACCUUACAAUGUGUUACCCUGCAUCACUGUGGGACACAGAGUGGUGUCACAAAAUGCCGGUAUUUGAUGACCUGGAAUUAAGAAUGAGUUGGUGGGUCAUAGAAAUAAAAAGAGAAUAAGGAAAAAAGUCACCCUAGGUAAGCUUUAACUGCUGUAUGGCCACUGAGUCUCUCCUCAAACGCAUACUUGGUUUUGCACAACUGUUAAGCAAAAAAAGUUAUGCAAGAAGAUGUGUAAAGAUUGAAAAGAGAGCACUUGAGAGAGAAAUUCAAACCUUGCCAAGUUUUUUUUAAGCACACUGGCACCUUUUAGCUUUUUGUAAUCUGAAAAUUUAAUCGCAUUGACAUACAGUUCACAGACACCUAGAUAAAAUCAAAAAUAUCAACAAGAUUCAUAUCAGUAUCAAUGAGACUCAUACUCAUGUACUUCAUAGAUUGCUGUUUUGCCAGUAUGUCAUUUUCUUACAUAAAAAUCUCUCUUUUGACUGAAAGUCUUAGGGGCUUAAAGGGCAGCUUUAGUAUUUUACAACUCAGACCCAAUUUUCUCAUGUUAUGUGUCCAAGUAACUAAUGGUAACAACAGAUUUUGAAACUAGUUCAGUUUUUAGAGAGACUGCUGCAGCUGGCAGCAGCCAAACAGGCUGCAAUGUUACUACUCAGGGCAAU